AUGUGGCUCGCGCGGACCCUCCUCGCUCUGGCGCUUCUUUGCGCACCGGUAUCCAGCCUCUGCUUGCCAACGUACGACCCCGUGUCCAACUUUCUUUGCAACAAUGAGGUGUUCUCCGAGACGAAUGAUAACGGGCAACCAGCAAAUCCCCUGGUGGACAGUCUAAACCUCCUGUACAAAUCAGCGCACUCGCUUUCCUCCGAGGAACCGCGCGAAAGGAGGACAAUACCCGCGUCCAAAUACAGAUACUUGAGCCAGACGCAGCUCAGGAGUAAACUGUAUCGUAAUAGUGCGAAGAGCGACCGACGCAGCCAGGUCACUCUGUCCCUUGAUGUCCCCACCAACAUAAUGAACAUCCUCUUCAACAUUGCCAAAGCCAAGAACCUGCGCGCAAAGGCGGACGACAAUGCGCGCUUGCUGGCGCAGAUUGGAAAGAGAAAAUGA